AUGGGACAGGCCGCUCAGAAGCGCCGUUUGCUCAGGCAGCACAUGGCUUCAGAAGAAUGUGGCCUUCGGGGGGGAAGGAGCAGCACCUGCAUGGCGGCAGAGGCCGGGCCACUGAAAAACAGCAGAUGCACCGCAAUCUGGACACUGACUCCUUUUUUCUGUUUCACACAAAUGAGCAAGCAGGGCAGGGAACACUCAGCCAAAAGAAUCACAGAUGAGCUUUCAGAGACGCUCAGAGUCUCAGAGGUCAGAGCCCACCUGCUGAACUGGUUUACCUGCUGCGAACCAGAAGCUUGCCGCCUGCAUUUUAGCCUGGAAACAGAAAAAAGUGGAGGCUACCUCAUGAACAAGGCUGCUAAUCUCACAACAAAGGGUUCAACAGCCAAUAUGUCCCAAAAACCAUCCAGAAUAUUAGGGACAAUUAUGAAUCAAUUAGCUAACCACUUGAAAUGA